UUAGAGACUAAUAAAUAGGCAAAAAAGCCAGAUACAUAACAAAUACAAGUAACUCCCCGACUCCACCAAUUCUCCAAAACGCGGCUUUUACACCCAAAAAUAAAAUAAAAGUUCAAAAUUAAAGAUAAUUCAUAUUUUUUUAAAAAAAAUAAUUUAAUAAGCAAAUAAGCAAAACCCGCAAAGAACCACGCACGAUCCACGGCUUCUCCGCUUAUUCCAGCUACCUUCCCAGACCGCAAAUGCCGCUACCACUCAACCCUCAACCUAUAAAUACCUCACUACCCGCUACCCCUCUCCAUCAACCGAAAUUCAAAAUCCUGUUUGUUUGUUUCCCGAGAAAAACCAAAAGAAGUGAAAAGAAAAUUGCACUCCAAUUCAAUUCAAUGUCGAACCAGGGAUAUCGAUCUCAAUCUCCGACGAGCACUCUCCACCACAAGCGCCAAUCCAGGUCGAUUUGCCUCCCGGCCUGCUUCUCCAGCAUGAGCAAUCACCCCUUCGACGUUCUCCAGAGCGAGGGCGACUACUGCAACAACUGCAGCAGGUCUCGGUCGCCGUUGCCGGAGAUCAAAGAUCGGUGCUUGAACCUCAUCUCCAGGAUCAGUGGCGGCGCAAGGCCCGGAAGAGGGCGGCGCUGCCACGGCUCCGCCGACUUCAGUUACGAUCCCUCCAGCUACGCCCUCAACUUCGAAGAUGACACCAGCCGCGCCGACGAUCAGCUCCCCUUCUCCGCUCGGCUCUCGGCCUCGUCCAUCCCUACGACGUCGCACGAGAAAAAGACCAGCCCCAACCAGCUCGACGAAAUUCUGGAGAACCAGGAGUGCUUUGUCGCGAAGGCGGAGAGCAAGGGGACGACGAGCCAAGCAAACGGCGUCGCUUCAAGGAGGCGUGGGAGGAGCCGGCACUCGUCGACUUCGGUCGACUUCAGCUACGAGCCGUCGAGCUACGCGAUGAAUUUCGAGGACGAUGUGAACCGAGACGACGAGCUUAUCUCUCACAGGAGGUUCGGCGGACUGCUGGCCCAGCCAUCGCCGUCGAAGAUGGCGGCGGCGGCGGCUCCUCCGCCUGCCAAGCGUUCGACUUUGCGUCCGGAGAUUGCUGCGUUUAGCUGAAGCUCAAAUGCGGUUGCUUUGUAUUUAUAUGCUCAUAUGAUCAGGCCAGUGUGUCAUCGUCAUCAUGUGCUUGGACUCCGCAAACGGGAUUGUGAAAAUAUUUUUACUUUUGAGCUUCCAGAAAGGGAAAGAGACCAAAAAAAUGGGGAAAGGGACUGUCGUGGCAGAUGCUUAUUGGUCCGGCCGAUGGAAACAAAUGUUGCCCCACAUUGCCCAAGGCAAGCACAAGCAAGCCAGUGAAGGAAAUAUAUUAUAAAGCCCAUUUCUCUUCAAUUUUAUAAUCUGUGCUGAUGAGGCCAUGAACUCGUCCUGUAAACUUUUAUAUUAUAUUUAUUUUAUUCUUUAGUUAAAUAAAUUUGAGAAAACUAUAAAGAAACCAUUUUUAGCUAUACAAUCAUAGAAAAAACUACAUGAAAUUGACUUUAUAAACACACCAUAUCCUACAUGAA